CAUCUUUGCACAAGCACAGCUGCUGCUGCCGCUGCUGCCACCGCCACUGCUUCAGCCGCUUGGCGUGCAGGCGUCCAUCGACCGACCGAUCGAUCAAUUGCUCGCCUUCUUGCACGCGUGCGUGCGUGCUCACGAUUUCUUCCGUUAAUCCUUCGUUCUCACGGUGCCUCGUUGACUGCUCUCGGCUUCCAUAAGCUGCCCUACCUGCCACCGUGGGUGUUUAGUCGCACCUCCGUACCCCUGGUAGACACGUGGGGCACAAGGCGGCUCUGGCUUCAGGUGAGCAUAGCGGGCCUCUCCCCUUGCAGCCUGGCCAUUUCCACAAAACUCCCUAGACGCACCAAGUGA